GUUAGGCAGAGUGGGUUAAGAGAUCGAUACAGACAGAUGAGAAAGAUAAAGCUGUUUACUUAUAGGCCAGUUGGUCAACAUCAUACAAAAAGCUACAGGAAGAGAGCGUGGACUGAAGACUGGUGUCACUGAGCAACAGGGAUUUCUUUACAACUCUACCUUUCCCGUCAAGAAGAGAUACAGCUCUUGGCUAUCUGCAUACUUCUCGUGUUAGACUUGAGACAUAGAUUUCUUUCCUUUUCCAACACUAAAUAAUAAUGAAGACGUCAGAGGCAUUUGUGGACUGAAAUUUGAAACUCAGGCAUUCACACACACUAACAGCUGCUUCAUUUGGAGUCUAGUUUCAGCCUUUAUAUUCACAAUCCAUACAUUUUCUUUGUAUUACUUUAAAUCUUACCACAUACACACAUACAUAUUGUUUCAUAAUUACACAUACUGCUAGGAUGUGGUCCUGUAUAAAAGACUUCUUGACCUAUGAAACCACCAAGUCAGUGGUAGUUAAGAGCUGGACCAUUGGCAUCAUCAACCGUGUUGUCCAACUCCUCAUCAUUACUUACUUCAUUGGGUGGGUGUUUGUCAAUGAGAAGGCCUACCAGGUGAGAGACACGGCCAUUGAAUCCUCAGUGAUGACCAAGGUCAAAGGUUUUGGAAUUUACAAUGACAAGGUGAUGGAUGUUGCAGACUACGUCACUCCUACACAGGGAGCUUCAGUCUUCUGCAUCAUCACCAAAAUGAUCACUACAGAGAACCAAGUUCAAGGAUACUGUCCUGAGAGUGAGAAGAAGUACAUCUGUACCCACGACAAUAACUGCACAAGGCACCUUAACAAGCCAGGAAGUUAUGGAAUUCCGACAGGGAAAUGUGUUCCAUUUAACACCACUGUCAAGCUGUGUGAGAUAAGAGGAUGGUGUCCUGCCGAGAUCGACACCAUCAAGACUAUACCAAUGAGGGAAGUGGAGAAUUUCACCAUUUUCAUUAAGAAUAGCAUCCGCUUUCCAACCUUCAACUACACCAAAGGGAACUUCCCUACUACCAUCUCUAAAAAUUACAUAAAAGAAUGUAAUUUUGACAUGGUCAACAACACCUACUGCCCUAUCUUCAGAGUGGGAGACGUGGUCCGCUACGCACAGCAGAACUUCACUGAACUAGCAAACAAGGGAGGAGUGAUCGGAAUAAAGAUCGGCUGGAUAUGUGAUCUGGACAAGUCAGAUGACCAGUGUAACCCGUCGUACUCAUUCACGCGACUCGAUGCGAUGUCACAGAAGAGCGAUGUCUCACCGGGAUACAAUUUCAGGUUUGCCAAAUACUAUAAGAUGGAGAACGGGACGGACUACCGGACUCUGGUCAAAGCCUUCGCUAUUAGGUUUGAUGUUCUGGUCAAUGGAAAUGCAGGGAAGUUCAACAUGAUCCCUACCCUCAUCAACAUGGUGGCAGCCUUCACGUCAGUGGGAGUGGGCACAGUGUUGUGUGACAUCAUUCUGCUGAACUUCCUGAAAGGAGCGGAGCAGUACAAGGCCAAGAAAUUUGAAGAGGUGUCAGACAGCCCGCUGGAUUCCCAUAACAAUCGGUUGUACCGCUCCCAGCUGUCACUCAGACAUAGCGAGGCCGUCAUGAGGUCCAGUGACUCAGGGGCAUUCUCUAUUGAAUAUUACAGCUAAAUGGACAGUAGCAACAGCCAAUGAUCAGGGAGCAGUGGCUUGAGAAACACAAAUGUGGGUUUGGUUUCUCUAAAAAUGUUUUAUCGACUAUAGGCAUUCAGGGCAGACUAUAUAUGAUACAUUACUUAAUGUUACCAAUAUGUCUAAAGAACCUUGAAUUGUUUCCAUAUUCUGAAGUGUUUCAAAACCGCUAGAUGUGUCAAACAAUAUAUUCUUAUAAUUCAAGUCUUUGCAUGGUGACUCUUCUGGCAUGUGGAAUUGGCUCAGAAUUUCCUGAGCAAAAAGGAAAAUGAUUUCAUGCUUAAGCUCUAUUUGCUUGUUUUGCAAUUUGUGUAGAAACUGCUGUAAUGCACCACAACUACAUUAUUAAAGCUCUGUGACAUAAAACAAGAAUAAACAAGGCAGCUGACAUGAAUUGGUUCACCUGCUAGGCCUUCUUUAAUUGCUCUAUUGUGCUUUAUAUUCUGAAAUAUUUUAUCUGGGUAAUGGAGCUGGAUUGUGGAGUGGUUUGACAAAAGCACCCAUUGUGUCUACAAUAAUACAUAGACGGCGUUUCAAUAGUGGUUCAACAUGCCCUCUUUCACUUCCCCUAAGCACUUGCCCUCGGGGUUAUCCCUGCCGCCAUCUUAAGGGUCUCUUCAAUUGUCUAAAAAACUGAAGUGAACUUGGUGACAUCAACCCUUGGAGGGCUGAGGGAGUGAGUCAACAGUCAUGGUCACUCCAGAGGUGGACCCACAAUCAGCCACAAUGCCUUGCAGUUAUGCAUUUGGUGAAGGAAAAUACAUCCAUGG